CUGACUAUAUAUCAACACAUUGAUUUCAGACGGUCCGUACGUGUCUGUUGUCUGUCACUCCCCACCACGCAAUGCAAUCAGGCCAUCCUGUAAACGCUCAUGAGCAGGUUUGAGAAGGCUCCUACGAUCUGUGACACUCUCGCCCCUAUCAUCGACUGCCCCGGGGGCGGGAAUGCCUCAAAAUCAUACCGAUAGAUCAGCACGGGGCGCGUCACCCACGUGUCGUUGGCUGCAUUGCACCAAAGAAACAAACACAGAGAGAAACCGCACCAGACGUCCCCACGAGCUGCCUGAGCCAUUGACUUGACCUCGACCUCACUGACUGACCUUUUCCCCUGUGCAGUGUUCGCGAGUCGUAGAGCAGCACGUCGCCCUCCUGCAGCUCACCCUCCACGGGACCUGCGUCAAGAAAGCGGCAUCGUGCCGGAUGUGGCUGCUCGUUCCUUCCUCUUUAUAGCACUAGUCAGUCACCUCCGAUGCUCUGCACUCUGCCAUGGAACUGGAAGAUCUCCCUUAUCUGCUCGAACGCGCUCCGUUUCUGCAAAGCAAUUGAGAGGGAGGGAAAGGGGAGCAUCAACUACUACAGAGCACUCCAUCCAUAUGUGCUGUGCUAUGAUGCUAACUAACGUCGCUCGGGAAGAGUCGGUGAGACGCCGGGAGGACUUCGGUUGGCCCAUUCUUGUGGCGAAUGUUGCAGAGAGCGAGGACAACAGUGAUGCCAGGCGACCUGAAGCGGCAAGAAGCAAGGAGGGCAACGAGAGAGAGAAGGUGUCACUGCUAAAAAAUGGUACUAGCAGGUCGGUGGCUUCUCACCAGUUGUCGAUGUGCCAGAACUGGUUCUCGGCCAUGGGGUCUGACACUCAGAGCAUACCCACUCUUUCGGCGUCAGUGUAUGUGUGGCUGUGAUCGUCUUACCUGCAAUCAGCAGCUGUAGCUGCGACACCAUCAACCUGUGCAUGAUCAAUUGCACCACACAAAAGCUCUUGACGACUUCCAGGUUCCGCCACCUUCGUAGGUCGUUUACCUUUUCGCCCUCAUCGAUUCGGCCAGCGUCUGAUCUGCGUCCUGCUCCACCGGCUCCGCCAUGGCCUUGCUCGCCGCGCUGCGUGGCACCGGAGGCCCCUCCCUCGCUGCUUUCUCGCGGCUGGGUGUAGCCUGGCUGACGGCGCCGGAAUUCCCCUCGCUGCUCGAGGUGUUGCCCCACCGUCUGACGACAUCAAUCGCCUUUUUUGUGAAGGUUUCGCACGGGAGAGAUGCGUAGACGAGAGGCAUCCAGGGAGCCUGGUAGUCGACGACUUUGCGCUCGAGGGUGGUGGCACGCACCAGCAGGUGCAGACGCCCUGAGGGACAAGCAGACGGAGAAAGUGUUCAUGUUCGUGUCUGAACGCCCACGCCGUCCGUGUCUUGCUGACCUCUUGUCGGCCGCGAGCAGUAGACACACGGAUCUUCCUUCAAAAUCUUCUCGCCACACGCCGAAGCCUAGAGAAUGGCGCCGGCGAACGGAUCGACCGUACUGACCGACCUGUAGCACCCGAGCCUUCCUACCUACCGUUGCCUUGCUGAUGUAGAGCUCUCGGCGAAGGUGCUCCACCUCUUCGGGGGUCAACGCGCCCUUGAUCUUCACCACACCUGUUGGUUGAUCCAUCCACGCACGGCAGGGAACACCCAAUGGACGACAAGACAAGCAUCACAAGUUUCUCUGCCUGUACUCCCCACCCCAUUUCCUGAGGUGUUUCAGUGCCGUCUCAAGCUCCUCUGUGCCGAGCGUUCUGAAUGGCGGCGUCGGAUCAGGCUCGAUCCCCUCGCCUUGCUUCUUGGCCUCCUUAGUUUCUUCCAGCUUCUUGAGCUUUUCCGCCUCUUCGAGGCGCUUCUUGGUGUCGAAGUUCUUCAACGCCCAUGCCCAUGUCUUUUUGUUUUCCUUCUCGACGGCCUCUGAGGUCUUGCCCUGGUGCGCCUUCUCGAGCCUUCGCUUCUCGUCCAGCUGCUCCUUUCUCUUGAUGUCCGAGUCGAGUGACGGCACGAGGUAGGAUGCAGUGCGGGUACCCACGUUCACCGUCUCCGCCUCGUUGCUCAUGCGGGGGCCGAAGAAACCCUCCUUGUACGUGUAAGGGUCGAAGUAGCCCGACAACUGAUCACCCAGAAUAUAUUCACCAAGCGAGCGUUGCCAGGGCGCACACCUCAUUGUGCCUCUUCUGAGUCCAUCCUCACCUUCCAGUUGGCAGUGAGGUAGGUGUAGAGGGUGUCUUCAAAGUGCCUUGACAUCUUCUCGCAUGCCGUCGGCCCCAGGCUGACCUGCAUGUCGUCGGGCUCGUGUCUUGCGCCCCCGGCCGAUGAAGACGUUGGUACUGCUGCCGUGUUGGUUGGGAGAAGGUUGAGAUCCACCCUUGUGAAUUCAGAUCGCAGCUCGCCUGCUCGGCCGACCGCGUCGUGGAGGAAGAGAAUGGCCUUGCCCCAGUGAUGCAGGAAGUCAUCGACAUGCUGCUCGAUCAGCUGACGGAGACCCUGAUUUGCAAGAAAAAAGUCAAAGCUGUCUAUGGGCAUUGCGCGUCUGCCUCCUUCCUGAGCUCAUCACCCACCUUCACUGUGAGGUCCUGUUGCUCAUGCGCCGCUCUCUCAAUGGCCUGGGUCAGUCGGUUGAUGAGCAUCUGCGUCAUCUGCACGUGGUAGUCGACAGGGUAGGCAUGGUCGGCGGCGGCCUUGUACUCCUCCAACGUGAAGCCGUGACGACGACCGAGGCUGAACACAAAAUGGACAUCCACACACAGGGUUCUGCCAGCUUGUGUGUAUGCCUUCCGACCCACUCUUGGAUGAAGCCUUGAGAUGGGAGGUCUGCAUCAAGCUUUUCGCGAGGGGGUAUCUCCACAGUGACUUGAGGAAGCAGCGGCUUCGGGGGGUUCGUAGUCUUCUUAUAGUGAUAGUAAACGCCAAGAGAAACUGACAAGGACAGCAGAGCAACCUCAGUCUUGGCCUGAUCUCGUCCGCACUGUGUGAUCUGCGUGCAUCCCUACCCAGUCCAAGGCCGAUGCAGCCGAGCAAGUUGAGCGACCACGAGACACCCUUCAUGAGCAGAUGCGGCGCAGCGUCGUACUUCUCCAUCUUCUUGAUGAGCUUAUAUUGCCGCUCUGCGCGUUUCUCGCCGAUCUCGUCCGCUGACGGUCCCUCUCGUCCCUGGUUGCGACUGGCACGCUGCGCCCCUCGGGUGAUGCGAAUCGCUUGCUCUUGCCGCUGCUCGCCCGGGGAUGGCUUCGUUGCAGUUCGCUGGAACUGAGCUGUGCUCUGGUACAGGCGGAUCCACACCAAAGACCUCUUGCUUCCAUGCUGCCGAAGGUGGAUGAGAGAUCUUGUCAGAGUCGAUAACAUGAUGGAUGAAUGCGCAGCAGCCAUCUCUAUCCACCCAUCCGACGGCUUUGGCGGCGC